GCCCCAGCAGUGGGGACGUUGAUGAUAUGAUAGCAGACCACGUGGGCGCGGGUUACAGCUAGUAUUCUAUAUGAAGUCAAUUAUUACGAUCGCAGGUGUUUCUGAAGCCGGAGGAAAAGUUUGAGCAUUUGCAGACGUACAUAUUGGAGCAAACCAGUGUCGUUGCAGAAUCGCAGAUCCUACUCUUCAGGGACCGGUUGUUGCUUACUGAGAUUGACGAGAAUACGCUCGGUAAGGAGUACCCGGAGACGACGGCGGAGAAACCCCUGAUGCUAUUCAACAAGAAUAAUCACAACGUGAGCCUGCCGCCGGAGCCCGACGCGCCCAAGUUCCCCGUGUUCUCCAACAUAGUGUCCGUCGAGAACGACGCGACACAGGCGAAGACGGCGUGCAGCGUGGGGCACGCCAUAAGGCGGCGCGUGGAGGCGCUGUGCCGUGCGUCGCUGCUGUGCGCGCUGUGCGUGCGCUACUGGGGCGGCGCCGUGCAGGCGCGCCUGCGGGCGGCCGCGGGCCGGGCGCGCGCCGCCGCCGCGCACGCCGACCGCCUGCACGACGCCGCGCGCGCCCUCGACCUGCUGCCGCCCGCCGCCCCCGCCCCCACACCCGCGUCCACCCCCGCGCCCGCCCACGCGCCCGCCGCCGCCGCGCUCGCCGCCGAGGUGCGUACUUCCUAUGUUGCCGAUAUUGUUACUCGAGCCUAGAAACGUCUUCUUCCAAGUGCGCCAGCGCUUUUGUCUCCGAAAAAGGAUUUCUCAGCGGAGAGAUGAUAGAGCGGACGAUUCUUUGGACAUUUUGUGUUUCUUAAGAAGUUACUUUCAAUAUUAUUCAUAAUACUACGAGUAGAAUUGACAUAUCGUUAAACGUUGACGUUUAAACGAUAGGAUCAGUUUUAGGCCGUUUAUAAUAUGAAUCUUUACCGUGUAUAAAUAAUGAACCUUUUGAAGCGAUUAAAUAAACCUAACGCCGAUAUAUAAUAUGAAU